AUGCUAAUCCCUCUGCCGCGGGUGUCCCUCGCCAGCCGUGUCCCCUCCGAAGACUCGGGGGUUCCUGCAGCCUGUGGGAUGGCCGGCAGCGCCUCCUGGAGCCCUCCAGCACCGGGCGGGAGGGUCUCCAGCCGGGUCCCCUUGCCGAUAGCACGGUAUCAGUACAGAAAAUUAUUUCGCCUGGUGCGCGCUGAGGUGAUCAAAGGUGGGCCCGACAAGGACCCCUCCAGGCGAGCAGCGCCGCAGCGUUACCUUGCGGCAGUGGACUCAGGGCACCAGCUGGGGCUCGUUUCUCAUGAUGACUCAAGAGGGGAGGAGGAGAUAUAUGGAAGCCAAGGGAGGCCCCUCUCUGUCCUCUCCAAGAGAUUUUUAGCAGUGCAACAGCUGGACUUCGAAGUCUUUGAGUCUUCUCCACCUGACCCUGCUCACCCCAGUUCUCUUUUCUCCUCAGAUGUAUCUCCGGCUUCUUCCAGCUCCGGGACACUCAUCCAGUACACCCCCGACUCUGCCACUAGCCCCACCGCAGAGCGCCCCUCUCCCCAUCCCUCUUUCCAGAAGGUCAAAGAGGAAGGUGAGGGUGUGGUGAAGAAGGCCAAGAGCCGCACAGCCUUUUCCCAGGAGCAGCUGCAAAUCCUGCACCAGCGGUUCCAGAGCCAGAAGUACCUCAGCCCCCAGCAGAUCCGGGAGCUGGCUGCUGCCCUGGGGCUCACCUACAAGCAGGUGAAAACAUGGUUUCAGAAUCAACGGAUGAAAUUUAAACGUUGCCAGAAGGAGAGCCAGUGGGUGGAAAAAGGGGUGUAUCUACCACAGAACGGGUUUCAUCAGGCUGCGUACCUGGAUAUAACCCCCACAUUUCACCAGGCCUUCCCGGUUGGUGCCAGCAGAAACCUCCAGGCUGUGACCAACGUGCACCAGGCUUACAGCAGUGGCCAGACUUAUGGGAAUGGGCAGAGCCUGUACUCGUUCAUGGCUGUGGAGGAUGAGGGGCUCUUUGGAAAAGAUGGGACAAGCUGCAAUACCCAGCAAGCCAUGGGUUUAUUAAGCCAGCAGAUGAACUUCUAUCACAGCUACCCUGCCGAUAUGGAUUAUGUCAGCCUGGAGUCGGAACACACCUAUGGCUUCCAGAGCACCUCUGACAGCGUCACACCAUUCUCAAGCUCUCCUGUACGGCAUCAGUACCAGGCCCCUUGGCAUCCCCUGGGGGCCCAGAGUGGUUAUGAGUCUCAGGUCUAG